AUGAUUGACCUUACUCAGAAGGACUGGUGGUUUCAACAUUAUCAAGGCUGUGACAAAGAACCGCCAGCCGAGGGUAACUAUCUUGAACUGCCGGCAGGAGGCUCAUUCACUGUUGAAAUUGCUACUAAUCGUGCUUUCACAACUUUUGGUCACAACAGAAAUUUCAACGGAUAUUUUGGUGGUCCACAAGAGCUCGAAUAUACCCCUUGGGGCUGUGUUUCCUAUCCUAAUUUGCACACACCAAAUCAAACUUUAGCACCGGGAACAGUUUUUGCCAUCUCAUAUCAGAAUAGCAUCGAUAAAGUUACACCGGAAAAUUUGGUUGUCUUCACUGUAAGAUAUAAAACUCCCUGGCAAAGAGUAACGUCGUACGAUGUGCCAAAAGAUUUACCUCCCUGUCCUCCAGGCGGUUGUACAUGUGCAUGGGGAUGGAUCCCUAUGGGCUGUGGACAACCAAACAUGUAUAUGCAAGGUCAUAAAUGUAUUGUCACUGGCUCAACUUCCACAAAAAAGCUUGCUGCAGCUAAACCUCCAGUUUAUUGUGAAAAUGAUCGUUCGAAAUGUGUACAAGGAGCAAAUCAAAUGAUCUUCUAUUUUCAAAAAGAUGGUAACAAUGUCUUUAAUGUUCCAAAAAUGCCAACGUACAACGAAGUCAUGGGCUUUUCAGAAGGCGCACAGAAUGAUAUUUUUGAAGACUCUAAUUUAGGGUCGAUUGUGGGCUAA